AUAACAGAUCCGCAAUACCCAUAAAAAAAACGACUAAAAUGUAAAACUCACAGUGAGAGAGAGAGAGAGAGAGAGAGGUUCAAAGCCAGGUCGAUUGAUUCAUUCAUGCCGACGAUCUCGACACUGCCACGGCAGCCACUGUUCGAAGAGCCGUCCGUCCUCAGGGCGCACCUAUCUUACGUACGCCUCUCCCGCCAUUAGCUUUCCUUGAUUUUGUAAUUUUUGUUCGUUCGGGAGGAAACAAAACAGAAGAGGAAGCUGAGAUGGGAAGAGGCUCGACUCCUGAGAUUCUGCCUCCGGCAUCGGACAACAGUUGGGGUCUAGGGUUCCAUUCGAUUCGCGACAGGUUUCGGUUCAAGCGAAAUCCUUUUCACGAGGGCCAGAGAAGCCAUGACGAAGAGGGAGAUGAGAAGGAUCGUCGGUCGGAUAGGCUAUGGCGGCAUCGCAAUCCUAAUCGAGUCGUUCGCAAGGGAUUCCCGUUUAAAGCAACGUCCUUGUUCUAUGGCGCGGUCAUUUUCGCUGUUGUUGUAUUUGUUGUGGCAUCUGUAGUGUUACAGAAUUCGAUGGCUUCAGUUUUUAGCCAGAGCGGAGAUAGAAGGAUGCCAUUUCGGAAGGUGCUGAGGUUUGGAACUUCUCUUCAAUUCAUUCCAACGAAGUUGUUGGAUAGAUUUGAGAAACAGGGCGGUCUUGAUCGGAUGCGACUGGAGGCAAGACUUGCCAUUCGUCCACCUAGAUUGGCGAUUAUCUUAGGAAAUAUGGAAAAUAACCCAUCUUCCUUGCUGCUGUUCACUGUGAUGAAGAAUCUCCAGGGGAUAGGAUAUGUGCUCAAGAUAUAUGCAGUACAGGAUGGUCAAGCACGUUCACUGUGGGAGCAAAUAGGAGGCCGGGCUUCCAUUUUAAGUCCGGAGAGAACUGUCAAUGUUGAUUGGUCAAUUUUUGAAGGAAUUAUUGUAGACUCUCUUGAAACAAAAGGCAUUGUUUCAAGCCUUAUGCAGGAGCCGUUUUGUUCUGUACCAAUGAUAUGGAUAAUUCAAGAGGAUACCCUUGCAAAGCGGCUCCCUAUUUAUGAUGAGAUGGGAUGGGAACGUAUUAUUACUGAAUGGAGAAGUGCUUUUGGCAGGGCUGAUGUUGUUGUCUUUCCCGAUUUUUCUCUGCCGAUGUUGUAUAGUUUGCUUGAUACUGGGAACUUCUUUGUAGUUCCUGGAUCUCCAUUGGAUGCUUGGGCUGCAGAGAGCUAUAUUAGGUCCCAUUCCAAAUAUCAAAUAAAGAAAGACCAUGGAUUGCAUAAUGAUGAUCUGGUGAUUUUAGUUAUUGGGAGUUCUUUCCACUACAAUAAGCUCUCCUGGGACUAUGCUGUGGCCAUGCAUGUCAUAGGACCUCUGCUGAUCAAAUUUACAAGGAAGAAAGAGGAAGGAGGAUCAUUUAAAUUUGUCUUCUUGUGUGGAAACUCAAGUGAUGGAUAUAAUGAUGCUUUGCAGGAAGUUUCUUCACACCUAGGACUUCCUCAUGAUUCUUUAAGGCACUAUGGUAUUGAUGGUGAUGCAAAUGGUGCUUUUUUAAUGUCUGACAUUGUUCUGUAUGGAUCCUUCCAAGAUGAACAAGGUUUUCCUCCAUUACUGACCCGGGCCAUGGCCUUUGGAAUCCCUGUGGUUGCACCUGAUUUGCCCAUCAUAAAAAGAUAUGUUCUUGAUGGAGUUCAUGCCUUAAUUUUCAGAAAACAUAAUCCUGAGGCAUUGUUGAGAGCUUUCUCUCAUUUAAUAACAGACAGGAAACUUUCUAAAUAUGCUCAUUUGGUUUCUUCCUCUGGAAAGUUGCUUGCUAAGAACAUGAUGGCAUCAGAAUGUGUAGCUUCUUAUGCAAAGCUUCUAGAAAAUAUACUUCAUUUUCCAUCUGAUGCAUUGUUUCCCCAGCCUGUUUCUCAGUUUCAGGGACAUGCAUGGGAGUGGAACUUUUUUAGGAAUGAAAUGGAGAGAGGUACUGAAAUCCUGAAUUUUGGUCAAAAUACUAGUUCCAGGAGAAAAACCAGUGUUGUGUAUGUCCUGGAGGAACAAUUUGCUGGGCAAAAUAAUGCAUGGAAUAUCACAGACAAUGAACCCGAGAUUCUGACACAAGACAUCCUCACCCAGCUAGAUUGGGAUGUUUUGGGGGAAAUAGAAAGCUACAUAGAUUAUGAGAUGCGGGAAAUGGAGGAGCUUGAAGAAAGGAUGGAGAAAACCUCAAGGUCAUGGGAUGGGAUAUACCGCAAUGCCAAGAAACAUGAAAAACUUAAAUUUGUAGCAAAUGAAAGAGAUGAAGGUGAGUUAGAAAGGACAGGUCAGCCAUUAUGUAUUUAUGAAAUUUACAGUGGAGCUGGAGCCUGGCCAUUUCUACAUCAUGGUUCUCUGUACCGUGGGUUAAGUUUGUCUACAAGUGCUCGGAGAUUAAAUUCAGAUGAUGUGAACGCAGCUGGACGGCUUCCUGUACUGAAUGAUACAUAUUACAGGGAUCUUAUAUGUGAGCUUGGGGGAAUGUUCUCUAUUGCAAAUAGAGUGGAUAAUAUUCACAAUAUACCUUGGAUUGGUUUUCAGUCGUGGCGUGCUGCUGGAAAGAUGGUUUCCUUAUCUGUUAAAGCUGAAGAAGCACUGGAAAGAACUAUACUGGCCGAAACUGAAGGAGAUGUGAUCUAUUACUGGGCCAGAUUGGCUCUAGAAAGUCGAGUUACUGAGGGAAACAAUAUACUUACAUUUUGGUCUAUUUGUGACAUAUUGAAUGGUGGCCACUGCAGAGCUGCUUUUGAAGAAGCCUUCCGUCGAAUGUAUGGCUUACCUUCACAUAUUGAAGCUCUACCCCCCAUGCCUGAAGAUGGUGGCCACUGGUCUGCACUGCAUUGUUGGGUAAUGCCAACACCAUCUUUUAUGGAAUUUGUGAUGUUUUCAAGGAUAUUUGUUGAUUCACUUGAUAGCUUGGGUAAUAAUUUGAACAAGACCACUACCUGUUUACUGGGAUUAUCAGAGCUUGAGAAAAAACACUGUUACUGCCGGAUUUUGGAGCUCCUGGUCAAUGUCUGGGCUUACCAUAGUGCACGGAAGAUGGUUUAUAUUGAUCCACAUUCUGGUUCCCUUGAGGAACAACACCCUAUUGAAGAACGGAAAGGGAUAAUGUGGACAAAAUACUUUAAUUCUACGUUAUUAAAGAGUACAGAUGAAGAUCUGGCAGAGGCAGCUGAUGACAAGGACCAUCCACGGGAGAGGUGGCUGUGGCCAUUAACGGGAGAAGUGCAUUGGCAAGGGAUUUAUGAGAGAGAAAGAGAGGAAAGGUACAGGCAGAAGAUGGACAAAAAGUUAAAGACAAAGGAUAAAUUAUUACGCAGGCAGAAGCAUGGAUACAGUCAGAAAACACUUGGAUUAUAGGAAUCUCAAAUCUCAUUCCAGAGGUUUGGUCUAACCACUAACCAAUUUCAUCAACCAGCAUUCAACUCAUUCUUUUUCAUCCUACUGGGAGCCAAGAAAGAUUGUGCAGAUUGAAGAGAAUCACAUUUUUUUUUUUUAAUUUGCCAUUCAUAUUCUUUCUUCUUUAUCAUCAAUUUUCUGCAUCAGAAUCGAAAUGAGCCAUAGAAGGAUAUUCAAUCAAUUCAAGGGUCCAUUACGAAUCAAAUGGGGCCAAGAAAUUUUUCUUUCCAUGCAAACCUUUUUUUUUGUUUUUUUCAUUUUUAUCAUUCAUUUAUACUCUGUAGGCACAAAUUGAGCUGUAUUCUUUCCUAACUGUAUAUACAUUCAACAUUUUUAGAGGCAAUCUCAAUGAAAAUAUGAAUUAUGUACUUUGCCCUUUGGUCAUUGGUUCAUCCUU